GACGGGACGGGAGCCAGAGCCUCUGCUUUUGGAUUAGAGGAGAACAGAAACUUGGCUUACAUCUCAAGCGAGCGCAUAUCGGAUUAGAAUUAUUAGUCUUCUUAGACCGCCCGCUGUUGCUGAUGCUUCGGCACAUCCCACAGCAUAUUGCCCCCGGCAAAACCAACUCCCGGCUCAAUUAGCGCGCCGCUAUAAAACUCCGGCACGGUCCUGCCGCAUCUCUCCAAACCGGUCGACAGAAACACAAGCACGUAGCUAGCCAGCGAGCUAACAAGCUCUCGAUCGUGAGGAAACUGAAGGUUUUUUUCCCGGCCAAGAUGAGCGUGGAGAUCCUGGACGGGCGGACGGUGCAGAGCUUCGUGGAGGACGAGCGCGCGUUCAACUCGUGCGUGGACGCCCGGUUCGCGGCGCUGGACGCGGACCGGGACGGCCGGCUCUCGUACGCCGAGAUGGCGCGGGAGCUGGCGGCGCUGCGGGUGCGGGAGGCGCACUUCGGCGCCGACGCGCCGGCGCCCGCGGCCGAGCUCGCCGAGCUCUACGGGUCCCUCUUCGCGCGCUUCGACCGCGACGGGGACGGCGCCGUGGGGCCCGACGAGUUCCGCGCCGAGAUGAGGGAGCUCAUGCUCGCCGUCGCCAGCGGCCUCGGCGCGCUCCCCGUCCAGAUGGUCGUCGAGGAAGGAAGCCUCCUCAGGAGGGCCGUCGACAGGGAGAUGGCAGCCGCCGCCACGGCAGCGUGACCGACCGACCGUCGGCGAGGGCUCACCGUCGCCGUGCCUCGGCGUGUCGUGAACUCGUGAUGCAGUUCGCAGUUCCUGAGAGAUCGAGUUUCUGAUGCGGUGUCUCAUAGUAGACUCGCAACGCAUUUGUACUUACAAGUUACUCCGUAUUACGCACAAGAGUAUUUGGAGCGGCGUCAAGCGUGUGCUCAUGUACCAUUGUAUUACCGCAGCGCGUGUACUAACUAAUGCUGACUGAUCGAGAUUUCAGCUGUGUAACCGUGACAGUAUAAAUGUACUAAUGUACGCCGAGAGUGAUAAUGAACUUAUAUUUCUGUUUUGUUUA